CACACGCACGCACGCACGCAGACAGACAGACAGACAGAGAGACAGACAGACAGACAGAAGUCUAUAUAAAACGCGUGUGAAACCUACAUGACACACUCCGAAUCCAUUGCCAAGUUGUGACGCUCUUAAACAUUUUACGCUUUUGUGCUUCAACUUUUUUUUUUACCUUUUUACUUGCAAUCACUCAAAAACGAGAGGAAAAACAACUCAACAGAAAUAACCUGUUUGCACAAUUUGUUUUUGAUCCGUUAAAUUGAAUUUUUAAACUUUAUGUAGCAAAGCGGUCAGCAAACCCGUUUUUCGUUUCAUUCUUAUUAAUUUUAAUAGCGCGGGUUAUUUCCCACCGUUUGGCCCCACGUGGUUUCCUACGCCAGGGUUCGAACCUUCAGCCUAGCACUACUACAGCCAUCCUCGAUCUCCGACCGCCAUGGGCUCCGUGCUGCCCGCCCAGUCCCUCGCACUCAAGACCGCCUUCAAGCCGCAGCCUCUCUCGCUGGCGGACGUCAUCACCUCCGACAUCCUGCACAGUUUCCUUUACGGGAGGUGGAGGCACGUGCUCGGCGAGCACCACCACCUACUCGAGGACCGGAACGCCCCGAGCGCGAGCCCUAAAACGGCCUUCACGGCGGAGGUCCUGGCGCAGUCCUUCUCUGGAGAAGUGCAGAAGUUGUCCAGCCUUGUUCUUCCAACUGAAGUGAUAAUCGCCCAGAGUUCAGUUCCAGGCGAAGGCCUGGGGAUCUUCUCAAAGACCUGGAUCAAGGCUGGGACCGAGAUGGGUCCUUUCACAGGCCGCCUCAUCUCUCCGGAACAUGUGGACCUGUACAAGAACAACAACCUCAUGUGGGAGGUGUUCAACGAGGACGGCAGCGUGCGCUACUUCAUCGACGCCAGCCAGGAGGACCAGAGGAGCUGGAUGACCUACAUCAAGUGCGCCCGCAACGAGCAGGAGCAGAACCUAGAGGUGGUGCAGAUCGGCAGCAGCAUCUUCUACAAGGCUGUGGAGACCAUUCCCCCAGACCAGGAGCUUCUGGUGUGGUACGGAAACUCCCAGAACACCUUCCUUGGAAUACCGGGUGUCCCAGGAGGAGAGGAGGAGCAGAGCAAGAAGAGCAAGACUGGAAACGUUGAACUCUUGUUUCUGAUUGGUCCAGACGAGUUCCACUCCUGCGACGGCUCCUCGUCCUCCUCCUCCUCGUCCUCCUCGUCGUCGGCGGCGGCUGCGGCGGCUGCGGCAGCAGCGGCCGCCAUGAUGACGGCGGGGCGCAUGCGCUGCGUCAUCUGCCACCGCGGCUUCAACUCCCGCAGCAACCUGCGCUCCCACAUGCGCAUCCACACGCUGGACAAGCCCUUCGUCUGCCGCUUCUGCAACCGCCGCUUCAGCCAGUCGUCCACCCUGCGCAACCACGUGCGCCUGCACACAGGCGAGCGGCCCUACAAGUGCCACGUGUGCCAGUCGGCCUACUCCCAGCUGGCGGGGCUGCGUGCGCACCAGAAGAGCGCCCGGCACCGGCCCAGCGGCAUCGCCAUGGCCGCCGGUGCCGGGGGCGGAGUGCAGGGCGCGCACUCGCCUCCCACUCCUCACCCGCCGCCGCAGAUGAGCGGCGUGCCUCACCCGGCCUCUCUCGUGCACCACAUGCCCAACAUGCCCACCAUGGUGCUGUAGGCGCGGCCGAGCAGACACACCAGGGCCGGCAUUUGGCAUACGCGACCUAGGCGAUAGCCUAGUGCGACAAAUGUGUUGGAGGCGCCCUCUAGUGGCGCCUUUAUUUAAUUAAUUUAAUUUAAAGAAGCGAAAUAAAACAUGCCCGCUCGGAAGAGGUGUCACCUGGGGCGUAAUUCGCACUGCCUACAGACACACACACGCGUACGGGCAAGAGCCUGUCCGGCACGAGGCAUUCCUAAACUAUUGCAUGAUGAGGCCGCUUCCCCCCCGUGACUCGAGAGAUGAAAGACAACUGUUUGCAUGCAUGUCAAAGUGGCUCCAUAUACGGCUCGGAGUCUGUUUUCCGUGCAGACCUCACCUCGACCGCCGCUUCUCACUCUCAAGCGGUAGUCCUUUAUUUCUGAAGUCGCCGGUCAGCCGCAGGCCAGAGGUAGAAUAUUCCCCGACUGGAAACGGACGGAGAUACUAUGCUUUCAUUUUAUUCAGACGCAUGGACCUUACCACGAUCUUUUUAAACGUCCCGAUAAAAUUAACACGUCUAGGCUUCUGACUAAAAGUUGUUUUUUGAGGACAAAUUGAGGACGAUACACUUGAACAGGAAGGGAAGUCAUCCUUCCCUGUUUAAGUAACUGGAGUUGUUCAUUAUUAAGAGUGGAUGUCAAUUGGCCACUUACAGAUGAACAUUUAACAUAAACCUUCAUGUGAACCUUCUCUUUAGCAAUUCAUGAUAUAGACAUCUACAUGUCUGUAAGGUAGCAUGUUAUAUGAAUUAUAUUUACGUUUCUGAAUUCCUUACUACUCGUCCAAUCCUCAUGAUGUGUACUGUGUAUUCUCCAAGGGCAUUGUGGCUGUGGUUAUGUCGGAUGAAAGCACGAGUCAUUAAGAAGGUCAAGGGUCAUUAAAAGCACUUUGAUCUUACUUCUCACUAACAGAGCCCUUUCCACCUCGCUAAAAGAGAAAGUUAAUUUUCAUGAAACCUGACUCAUUUGUCGUCCUUAAAAAUACCAAAAGUCUUACGAUUAUCAGUAGUACUGCUAUUUGUUCUUAGUGUAAUUAUUAUUAUUAUUAUUAUUAUUAUUAUUAUUAUUAUUUGUCUGAUUUGUAUUAAUGUUGUUAUUUAACCACUGAGGGGCCUAUUGAAUCUGGGUUGCCCAGGAACCAAUGAAAUUGUUGUAAAUAAUCUAAGACUAUACAUUUGUGUAUAUGAGAUGUGUUUUACCCUGAAAGUAAUAUUCACCUGUCACUUUAUCUUUGUGGAUGGAUGUACAAGGUCCUUUUAACACAUGUAUCACUAUAUAUCAAGUCUGUAGAAAGUAUUUAGUAGUUCAAAUCUCCAAAAUAAAGUCUAAAACAAAGUUUA